AUGAAUAUCUCUGCAGGUCUGGCUCCAGAUAUUCAGUGGUGGAUUAAAAUAUUUUCGGAUUCGAACCAGACCAACGCUAUUCGUUCGGGAACACCGACGCGCGAGAUAUUUACGGAUGCAUCCCUAUCGGGUUGGGGAGCUGCUUGCGGACAAAACUAUACGCGUGGAUGGUGGGGCGAGAACGAAAGAAAUAAUCACAUAAACAUCCUUGAAUUAAAAGCAGCAUAUUACAGUUUGAAAUGUUUUGCAGCAGAUUUGAACGAUUGCGAAAUCCUUUUACGGAUAGAUAAUACGACUGCGAUAGCGUGCAUCAACCGAUUGGGUUCCGUCCAAUACCCCCAUCUAAAUGAAAAAGCAAGAAAGAUAUGGAGAUGGUGUGAAGCGCGAAAUAUCUUCGUUUUCGCGUCCUAUAUCGCCUCAAUAAAUAAUACCAUAGCGGACCGAGAAUCUAGAGUAGUUAGCGAUGACACAGAAUGGUCAUUGUCACGUGAGGCCUAUUCUCAGAUAUCGUCGGAGUAUGGCCCCCUUGAUAUUGAUAUAUUUGCAUCUAUUAUCAACGCCAAAUGCCCGAUGUAUGUUUCCUGGCUUCCAGAACCGAGCUCGGUAGCGGUUGACGCAUUCACUUUAUCCUGGUCAGGAAUAAAGUUUUACGCUUUCCCCCCUUUCAUUCUCUUACCUCGCGUUCUUAGAAAAAUCCUAAAUGAGAAAGCGCAGGGUGUUGUUGUGGUCCCCUGGUGGCCCUCUCAAGCGUGGUUCCCUUUGUUCUGCAGCCUGUUAACCAAAGAACCUUUAAUUUUCCCACCAUCUAGACAUUUACUCUCAACUCCUUUCAGGGAUCAUCACCCGGCAUGGAGGUCCCUUUCCCUGGCGGCCGGGAGCUUAUCCGGCUAG